CCAAUCUACAGAUCCUAGAAAUUUAAAAGUAUGGAAGCUGAAGCUUCGCUCUACGGCAAGAACUACUCCCAUAGAACUGUAGAAGAGAAGUCUGAAGAGCAGAAAGCAAUAGAUGAUUGGCUUCCAAUAACAUCUUCAAGAAAUGCAAAAUGGUGGUACUCAGCAUUCCACAACGUCACUGCUAUUGUCGGGGCAGGAGUCCUCACCCUCCCUUACGCCAUGGCUGAGCUCGGAUGGGGGCCUGGAAUUGCCAUAUUGCUCAUAUCCUGGAUUGUGACUCUCUACUCCAUGUGGCAAAUGGUGGAGAUGCACGAGAUGGUGCCCGGCAAGCGCUUCGAUAGGUACCAUGAGCUCGGGCAGCACGCUUUCGGCGAAAAACUUGGCCUGUGGAUCGUCGUGCCUCAGCAGCUAAUCGUCGAGGUCGGAGUCAACAUAGUUUACCUCAUCACCGGAGGUCAGUCUCUCCAGAAAUUCCACGACAUCGUCUGCACCGCCGAUUGCAAAAAGAUCAGCCUCACCUAUUUCAUCAUGAUCUUCUCCUCUGUCCACUUUGUGCUCUCACAGCUCCCCUCCUUCAAUUCAAUCUCCGGUGUCUCUUUAGCAGCUGCAGUUAUGUCCAUAAGCUACUCGACGAUUGCAUGGGGUGCUUCGGUGGAUAAGGGGGUGCAGCCUGAGGUGCAAUAUGGGUAUAAAGAAGGGAGUAAGGCAGACAGGGUGUUCGGGUUCUUUAGCGCCAUGGGGUCGAUUGUUUUUGCAUACGGCGGCCACAAUGUAGAGAUGGAGAUUCAGGCGACAAUGCCGUCGACGCCGGACAAGCCUUCCAAAGUGCCUAUGUGGAGAGGUGUGGUUGUUGCUUAUGUAGUUGUGGCCCUGUGUUACUUCCCGGUGGCCGUGCUCGGCUUCUGGGCUUUCGGCAACACCGUCGACACCGAUGUACUUGUCUCGCUGCAGAAGCCCAAAUGGCUAAUCGCCAUGGCCAACAUGUUUGUCGUUGUGCAUCUCAUUGGAAGCUACCAGAUAUAUGCGAUGCCGGUUUUCGACAUGAUAGAGAGCGUUCUUGUGAAGAAACUCAAGUUCAGGCCGACGUGGUGGCUGCGCUUUGUGACAAGGAAUACCUACGUCGCAUUUACGUUGUUUGUUGCUGUGACAUUCCCAUUCUUCGAUGCGCUUCUGCCAUUCUUCGGAGGGUUUGCAUUCGCACCAACCACAUACUUUCUUCCAUGCGUGAUAUGGCUUGUGAUCUGCAAGCCGAGAAGGUUGAGCCUGUCGUGGUUCGUGAACUGGGCGUGCAUAACAUUUGGGGUGAUGCUGAUGAUAUGCGGGCCCAUCGGAGGCCUGAGGAAGAUUAUACAGCGUGCCAAGACCUACAAGUUCUACGGCCACUACUAG